GUCACACAGCAGGACUGCAGGACAGGUAGAGCAGGUGAGGAGGUGUCAGGUUACACAGGCGGCUCUGUGUCUCCACAAAGACUCCAAACACGGUUUAUUUACUCCGGAAUACAUCUCAGUAUCACCAGCAAAUCUGCAACCUAACCAAAAGGUGCAGCUAUGGCACCAAAGUAUGAGGGUCUGUCCCACUGCAAGCUGGCUCUUGUGUUCGCGGUGCUGAUGGAUCUACUGGGUGUGAUCUCCAUGCUGCUGGGGGUCUUCGCCCAGCUCGAGAUCCAGGGCCGGGACUUUGGGGAUCUGCUGGUGUACACAGGAGCUCUGCUGGUGCUGUUCUCCGUGGGAGGCUGGGUUUUAUGGUACAGCGGCAACAUUGAGGGUUUGACCUCCAAGAAGGAGUUGGGUGGCACCGUGGGUGGAGCUGUGGAUCGACUCGCUCGCUCUCUGAGUCGGAGGAUACGGCUCCCCAGGACUCGCAGCAGUCCAACAUAGGAGGUGGACGUUAGGGAUACCAAAGUUUGAAGGACUGACAGACUUGUGUUGCUUACAGAGUUGUGCUCAAGUUGGAAGGGGGCCAAUCUGCCCGAGGCAAAGGAGUGUCACCCUCAGUGGAAACACCUCAUUGACACGAAAGCCCUGAUUUCGUAUUACUGAAAGAAUUUGUGUACUCUGUUCAGUUUUGUAUGUAAACAAAGACAAAAUUGAGGAUUAAACAGAUCGUCAUAUCACAUCAUUUAGUGAUUUCCUCUGGGCAUUU